AUGCUCUUGAUACGGGAUUCGAUCGGUGUUCCGGGCCUGAAUCCUGGGUACAUUGACUUCUUAAAGAGGCAAGCGGCAGGCACGACGGCCAAUAAGGAACUUCUGAAUAAAGUCUUCGAAAGUUUUCGAUCCGUUGACAGUUUUCAUAUUCCACGUCCCUCCCUUGCUGUGUGCAGAGCUAACGUGCGAAUUCGAGCAGGAGAUUGCGAAGAGCCGUUCCUCAAUGCCCUCUGUGAUGGCGCCAAUUAUACAAUUCGGAAAAUUCUUCCGAAACGAAUCAACGGAGACACAUUGAACGGAGAAAAUUUCAAGCUUUAUAUCAUGACUCUGGUGGAAAAUUUCAAGAGAAAUCAAAUCGAUGUGGCGAACUUGAUCCAGGCCAUCGAUCACUAUCGCCUCAGCAAGCUCAUGACCGCUGAGAGGAACGCGUUUUUGGCCCACUUUAGCGAAGUAUUUGAAGAACAAAGCCUUCCAAUGGAUCCAGAAGCGUUUGCACUGACAAUGAAGCCGCUCAUCGAAAAAAGUAUUUUGAGUUUCAUUGCGAAAGUUCCAGGAGCCGACGAGGAAAAGGAGCCAAAAACAAAUGCAUACAGAGAAAUGCUUAACGAAACAGGCAACGAGAAAGCAGCUUUCAACGCAACAUGCUUUAUGAAGAUGCAAAGCAUGAAACCGGAAGAUCAGGCCAAACUCAAAAAAGUGACACGAGCGGUAUUGCUCGGCAUCGGCGUUGGUGGAUUAGUGGUGGCUACAGUGGGGGGUGUGGCGGCCGUUGUCAUCUAUGGAAGCGGUGCCACGACCGUCAGUUCGGUUGUCGUCACAGUCCAACGUUUAAUGGCCUCUGAGGUAGUGUGCUUU